UAGACUUAUCGGCUAUUGCGGCUGAAUUGUUUACUUCUGUUUUUGUUUUAGUUUAUAUUUCCUAAUUUUGCAAUGUCUAGUGAAACCGCCGAUGCCCUGGCUGCCCACAUGUGCGAGCUGGUGCAGUUCUAUAUGCUGCCGGAGCUGAAGGAGGAUCUGGACAGCGUUCCCUUGGCGGCAUCACAAUUCGAGAGCUAUCAUUCACUGCUGAUCCAGGAUCUGCCAAAGCUGUACGAUUUGGUGCAGGAAUUCCUGCAGAAGAGUGGCGGGGCGGGACACGAGGAGCUAAAAGUUAAGCUCCUCCUGCUGCUCUGUGAACUGACAGCAGCUCCCACGAUUUACCAACUCAAGGAUGGUCCUGAGAAUCUUCUAAGGAACGCCAAUGAGCUGGCCAACAAGCUAUCUUCUAGCUGGUGGAAGUCCACGGAUGCCCAAAUGCUUAAAUACUACGAGCAGAAGCUGCACAAAGACUCCUGGAAGAGACAGCUGGGAGCAGUCCAUGGAUUUGCCAGAUAUUUGGAGCUACGUUACACGGAUAAGUCAAGAAUGUCCACUCAAAUGCUGGCUUUUGCCCUGUCGGUGGGUCUAAACGUCCGGGAAUGCUAUGAUUCUGCCUACAAGCAACUUGGCGUCCAGAUCUUCUCAGUUAUGCUGAAAUUUAGCGAUCCCAAGGAUGUUCAGGAAUUAAACGUGCACAGCGUUAUCUAUGAUCAUGCACUCAAGGAUGCCUACAAUAUGGAGUCCGUUGAAGCUAUAGGCGCAGUCUGGAACUGCAUGUAUUUGUGCCUCGAUCACUUUGUCGACUUGGAUGCAUAUACGUGGAAUCAAUGCGACGACAUGAUGGAUCGUUUGAUCCACAAUGUGGGCAUGAGUUCAAAGCCAAAAGUCUCCAUUUGCUUGCUGCAGUUCAUCACCCGGCUGGGCUACUACUUCACCAUCAAUCGCAGUGCUGUGGAAGCUGCACUCGCCACAGAUCUAAGUAAGCCAGAUAACUUGGCUGCCUGUCUGGACGAGUGCCUUUCCCUGAAUGCCAGCACUAGCUAUCGAUGGGCCAAGGCCAUCCUUCAGAUGUUCGUUUUGGAAUCUGAAAAACUGCUCCAGGGACCCGAGGUGUGUGUCGAGCUUAUGGAGCAAAUGCAAAGAUGCUAUUUGGUCUGCAUUAUGCCCAUUCCUUUGGAGGCCUUGAGUCCGCACCUGCCCGAGUUCUAUGGGAAAUUUGUGGCCGUGCUUUUGGAGUGCAUAAUGGCUCACGAAAGGACGCCAGCUGUUGUAAAGAUCGUUCAGCGAUUCACGAGUAUUUUCUGCUUCCAGUUGGCUGAGAAGACGUUGCCCUCUCACUUGGCGGAGUUUCCGGAGGCUUUAAGUAAAAUACAAAUUAAAAUUUCAGAAUAAAAACACACUGUUCAUA